AUGAGGAACGUGGGUAAAUUUGGUAGUAUUGCAUUCGCGUUACUCACAAUCGCGUGUUUAUUUCAUUUAUUGGCAAUGGGUUAUCCAAACUGGAAAACCAUUACAUGUUCAUCGGGAUGUGAAAAUCAGACUGCUCAAGAAUGGACUACAUCAAUAAGUAACAGAUGUUAUGCUACGACGUUACAAAAUUUUAGUUUUAAUUCUGCACAUCCGUUGUUUGCUACCUUAUGUUUACCAAAUCAAUAUCUGUAUCCAAAAAACAAAGCCGAUUUAUAUCUAUGUUCACUGCAAAUGUAUGAACACCCACGCACUGCAUGUGCACUAGAGAGGCAUACACCAGAAUGUUAUUGUGCAUAUUCAACUUCGACUCAACUACAACAUCAACAGACCCGUCAAUAUAUAGUGGCUAUACUAUUAAACUUGGCUUCUGUUUCGGAUUUGAGAUCGUGGCGUUAUUGUUCAAUAUUGGAGGAACAGUGA